AUAAAUGAAACAGGUGUUUGGUUGAGAAUGAAGCGAUCCAAGAAAGGAGCUCAUAAGAAAAUGGGAAAGCCGAGUAAAUAAAAGGAGGGAGGGUUGACACAAAUCACAAUUAACAAACCUCGUUACUCCCAACUCAAUUAACGUGAAAUCAGGUCUUCAAAAAUUAUCUUUUGGACACCUGAUUUCAGUUCUUAUUUUAAUUUCAAAAACAACACACACAUAGGAGAGAGAGAGAGGAAGAAAAUGGGGUGCUCGUUCUCCGGUCUUAAUGCACUUUACGAUUCCGUUAACGGAGCCGGCGAUGUGUGGAUCAACGAGAACCGUUUCCGCAUCGUGAGGCAGCUCGGAGAAGGUGGCUUCGCCUACGUUUACCUCGUCAAGGAGGUGCUCAACGACUCUGCCGCUGGUGGCCUUGCUAAAAAGCUCAAACACUCCUCUCAUCUCUCUGAUGAUGGAACUUAUGCUAUGAAAAAGGUCCUCAUUCAGAACAAUGAACAGCUGGAAUUGGUCAGGGAGGAGAUCCGUGUUUCAUCACUGUUCAAUCACCCCAAUCUGCUCCCACUUCUUGACCACGCAAUCAUUUCUGUUCAACAGCCUGCCCAAGGAACAUCUUGGAACCAUGAGGCAUACUUGUUAUUUCCAGUUCAUUUGGAUGGAACCCUGCUAGACAAUGCAAAAAUAAUGAAAGCCAAGAAGGAAUUCUAUUCUACCUCAGAUGUACUUCAAAUAUUUCGCCAGCUUUGUUCAGGACUCAAGCAUAUGCACGGUUUUGAACCUCCAUAUGCACAUAAUGAUGUCAAACCUGGUAAUGUUCUCAUAACACACAGAAAAGGACAACCACCUCUUGCCAUACUGAUGGAUUUUGGCAGUGCUCGUCCUGCCAGGAAACAAAUUAGCUCCAGAUCAGAGGCACUCCAGUUGCAGGAAUGGGCAUCUGAACAUUGCUCUGCUCCUUUCCGAGCUCCUGAGCUGUGGGAUUGCCCAAGCCAUGCUGAUAUAGAUGAGAGGACUGACAUUUGGUCUCUAGGAUGCACAUUAUAUGCUAUAAUGUAUGGGGUAUCACCAUUUGAAUAUGCACUUGGAGAGUCUGGUGGAAGCCUGCAAUUGGCUGUUGUAAAUGCUCAGGUCAAAUGGCCAGCUGGACCAAAGUCCUCAUAUCCAGAAGCUCUUCAUCAGUUUGUGUCAUGGAUGCUUCAGCCGCAGGCUGCUAUGCGGCCUCGGAUAGAUGAUAUCAUUAUCCAUGUUGAUAAGUUGAUUGCAAAGUUCUCUCCUUGAGUUACUGUGGAAGAAAACAGUGGAGCAUGAUGAUUACAUAUUGCAGUCGUUUAAAAAUUUCGUGUGCAUUUACUGUCCAGUUAUAUGUCAAUGGAUAGAAAAAGCGAUAGCAAUCCCAUGGAUGACAGAGUUAACAGUAUAUGUAUCUUCGUUUUUGGUGAUAGUCUAGGUAGUCGAGAGUUGGGUUUAAAGAAUUGUUUCUGUCAUUUCUACAUAAUUUUGUUUCUUGUAAUUUAUGAAAUGGCCAAUCUCCCUGUGUCUUCAGAAUUUAUCCGCAUAAAUGGCAUAUAAUUUAUUUAUUGAUGUUCUU